GUGCCUGUAGUUGCCCGUGCUAUUCGUACGUGGUACGAACAUAACCUUUUGAUGGGGAACUUGUUAAUGUAAUUUUGAAAUAGAUGUGCAUUUACGAUGUCUGCAGCGGAACUACUUAGUUAUGUGGUCUCUGUAGUUGAUAAUAAUACUAGACGACCAGAACAGUUUUUGAGCGUACAAAAUGCAGCAGCGUUAAAGUUUAAAAAAUCAACGAAGCGUUUAUACGACUUCACGAAAGAGCAAUCGAAAAGAAAAACGAACGCUCUGCCGGAGCUUGUGACAGAAGGUUUCGACGAAGAGCAGAUCUGGCAGCAACUCGAGCUACAGAAUGAAGGUGAACUUACGCAUUUUAUAACUGGUGUCUCAAAGGUUCUAACCGAAAGCAAGAAAUUGAAGAUACCAGUGACCGUAAGGAAGCCAGAAAUUGUGCGUAGUAUUAAAAAAACAGUGGUAGACAAUGAUGAAAAAGAAGAAAGCAUGUCCGAGGACAAUGCUUCGGAUGAUCAGACUUCGUUGGACAGUAAUUUAAGGAAUCGAAAGAAAGACGGGAAGAUAAAGAAAAAGAAACCUUCCAUAGUGGAUGACAAAUUCUUUAAAUUACAAGAAUUAGACGAAUAUUUGACGAAGGAAGAAAGGAAGGAGAUACAAAGUGAAAAGAAUGAGAAAGACUCUGACGAGGAAUCGGUUGAUCUAUUCAAUGAUUUUUCUGACAACGACGAUGACCAAAGCGGAGAAGAGAAGCUCUUGAAGUAUACAGAUUUCUUUGAUAGUCCACAGAGCGAGGACGAAGACGUCCCUAAGCAGCAUAAAAAUAAUGACAAUGUAGACGUAGACGAUUAUUCUCUACACGGUGAUUCGGAUGAACCAAUGGACGCGGAUAACGAAGGGGACGAGCACAAAUCCAUCAAGAAGAAAGUUAGUUUCAAUCUCACAAAUGAUUCCGACGAUACGGAUAGCUUGGAAAAUAAAUCUGUUAAUAGAAAUGAAGAAGAAAACAAACUAAAAUCCUCCCUCGAAUCUCGUCAAGAUAGAUUACUCGAGAGAAUUAAACAGUUAGAACAACAAGCAGUAGGAGAGAAACCUUGGCAGCUGAAGGGCGAGGUAAGCGCUGCUAGCAGGCCGCAGAAUUCUUUGCUGGAAGAGUUUGUUGAAUUUGAUAUAACAACAAGACCCGCGCCAAUCAUUACCGAGCAAACAACAUUUAAACUGGAAGAUAUAAUUAAGCAAAGAAUAAAGGAUAAAGCUUGGGACGAUGUUGAGAAAAAAUUCAAACCAGUAGAGACGCCAAUGGAAUACAAAAAGAAACUGAUAUUGAACCAGGAAAAGAGCAAAGAAAGUUUGUCACAAAUUUAUGAGAAUGAAUAUCUUAAACAGAAGCAAGCAUUGAAUCCAGACAACGAGGAGAAAGAGGAAGAGGAGCCAAAGUUGCACACGGAAAUCCGGGAAAUGAUGCACGCUGUGUUCUUAAAGUUGGAUGCGCUAUCAAACUUCCACUACACCCCCAAACCAGCGAAACCGGAUAUUAAGAUUGUCAGCAAUAUUCCGGCCAUUAAUAUGGAGGAAGUGGCACCGGUAGCGAUUAGCGAUGCUGCUUUAUUGGCUCCAGAAGAAAUUAAGGGAAAACAACGAGGCAAUCUUAUUGGCAAAGCGGAAAGAACAAAGACGGAUAUGAAACGAGAACGAAGGCACAAGAAGAUGAAGCAACGUGCUCGUCAAAACGACAUGAAGAAGAAAGAGGAACUGAACGCGAAGAAGCCGGGAAUACAGAAGAAAUACCAGAAGGACAAAGCAGUGGCAGAAUUGACAAAGAAAUUGGUGAAAAAUCGAAACAUUAUCCAAAUGGAUGAGGUGGGGCAAAAGGUUCCGAAGUCGUCCACCGCGUUCUUCAAUCAAUUGCAAGACCAGGUGAAGAGUCACAUCAAGUCCAAGACUGAGGCACGUUCCAUGAAAAAGCAAAAGAACGCGUUGUCCGCGAUUAAACUGAAAUUAUAAUUUUUGUAUAGUUUUUUUAAAUACAGAAGAACAUGUUGUACAGUUUCGCUCGUUUAAAUUUUAUACCAGAUUCACGAGACAAAGUGUAAAGGGUUGAAUAAUUACGCCAGCCUUCCAACACGAAUGUGGACUUUAUAUUACCAAUUGAUCCGUGAUUCAUACAACUUUUAUAUUUAUGUAAUAUAAUAAGCGCACUGGAGGAAUCUAUAAAUAAUAGUUUCAUUUUAUACGA